AUGGUUGCCGCAGGCUCCAUCACCGUUGCAGUUCGAGUGCGACCGCCAACUCCAUCGGAGGCUGCCCGCCUCCCGGAACCCUGCUAUGAUGAAACAUUCAGGGGAGAAGGUGCUCUGUCGACUCCUGGAAAAGUUGUCAACACCGCAACUCUGCGAGACAUAGUUCAAAUUGUUGAUGACCGGAUCCUGACAUUCGACCCCGACGAAAAGGACAGAUCCCGUGCAUUUAUGGAGCGGGGGUUUAUGCCUCCAGGAACUAAACGCUACAAAGACAAACGAUUUAUGUUUGAUCGUGUCUUUGGUCACCACGCACGUCAGGAAGAAGUAUACGAAGCCACAACCAAACCGUUACUACAGGGUCUGCUCGAUGGUUACAAUGCGACUGUGUUUGCAUAUGGUGCAACUGGUUGCGGUAAAACACAUACAAUCAGCGGCACGGACAACGAUCCCGGCAUCAUCUACCUGACAAUGGCAGAUCUAUUCCAACGCAUUGAAGACCGGUCAGAAGAAUGGAAUGUCGAAGUCAUGGUCACUUUCUUAGAAAUCUACAACGAAGAAAUUCGUGAUCUUCUGGCAGAACCAGGGGCACCUACUCAACGCGGUGGACUUUCUAUUCGUGAAGAUAAAACUGUCAAGGUCGUGGGUUUAGUAGAGUUGAAACCUCGCACUGCAGAGGAAGUCAAAGAAAUUGUUCUGCAAGGGAAUCUUAGGAGAACACAAAGCCCAACGCACGCAAAUGAGACGAGCUCCCGUUCUCAUGCUGUACUACAGGUUCAUGUAACACAAUCCCCUCGCACAGCCGCUAUUACGGAGCAAAGAACCAUGGGCACACUCUCAAUAAUUGAUCUCGCCGGUAGUGAACGUGCGGCAGCAACGAUGAAUAUGGGUCAACGAAUGGUUGAAGGUGCCAAUAUCAACAAGUCAUUGCUGGCGCUAGGAAACUGCAUCAAUGCCUUAUGCGAAAGUGGUGGUGCAAUUCGCCACGUACCGUACCGGAACAGCAAGCUCACUCGCUUGCUCAAAUUCUCACUUGGCGGUAAUUGUAAAACUGUCAUGAUCGUUUGCGUGGCUCCUACAUCAAAUCAUUUUGACGAUACACACAAUACCUUGGUUUACGCAGAGCGCGCCACCAAGAUAAAGACGAAAGUUGUAACCCGUAACGUGGUUAAUGUGGAUCGUCAUGUUGGGCGAUAUGUGGAGGCCAUUAACCGGCUCAACUUGGAAGUCGCUGAGUUGAAGGAGAAGCUAGCUGGGAAAAGGGGUACCGAACAAGAGAUGCAAGCUCGAAAGAAGGCAGAAUGCAAAGCAGAAAUUGAGCGAUCGAGAAAGGAUGUACAUUUUAAGUUGGAGCAAACUAAACCGUCCAUUGUUGAUGGUGCCACUUGCUCAGCUAAACUCGAAGUUGCAAAGUUGAAACUCGACGCAAUUCAGAUUCGUCUCUCCCAGAUGGACACAGAAGGCCAGUCCAGCGCGUCUCAAGCAGAACGGGCGCUACUCAAGGCCUUCAGCGGACCCGAGGAGGAAGUUACCAAACCUGGAUCUGUCCUCAACACUCGACUUCAGCGUUCUUCGAACUCCAGCGCUAUGUUCGAUGCCACAAUGCGUGCAGUUUCUGAAAGAAAGUCCGAGAAACUCGAUGACAUCGGUCAUGAAAAUGUAAAACUCGAGACUUCGUUUGUUAAAGCAACCAUCGACAAGUUAAAGGCUGAAAACGAACGAAACGUCAUGCGAGAAGCUGUUGGUGACCUAGCAGAUAUCACGGUCAAGCUCAUAGGUAUGCUUGGUCGGUGUACAGUUGCUGUAGGAGAGGCUUCGCAUCUUCUCAGAUCAUCUCUGGAUCAGGAUGAAGUGAGAAAAAUCGCCAACUCAUUGGAUACCAUGAGGAGCAAAAAUGAUGAAACAUUCCAAAAACUUUUGGGUCACUCUACCGAGACUUACCUCGUCAAAGAACGUAUUGGAUCGUCUCCGACUUCGUCUGUGUAUGAAAAUUUUGAAAACUAUGGUGUCACGUUUGGACGAAGGAUAAGCUCGGUCCCCUCCGCGCCCCUACCAAUCAAAUCUGCGCCCACUCGAAGGACAUCAUCCUAUGGCAACUUGUCUAUCUCUGCAUCUCCGCCUCGCCGUUCUCAUAAGUCACCCCGCAAGUCUCUUAGGUCUAGUCUAGCCUCACAGCCUUAUCGACGAGUAUCAGAUAAGGAGAGGAAAGCUCCAAAAUCAGCAAAGAAUGUACAGUGGCGAGACGAGGCAGGGCAGGGAGAAAUUGACGAUGGCGGUGACAAGAUACUUCCACCUGUUUCACUGAACAUUAUACCCUCCAGUCCUUCCAAUGAUAUUCCUGCGAUCAAAUCCGCCCCUCCUCGUGCACCUUCUCCUCUUCGCCCUCCAUCGGUUCUUGGAUCUGAAAGCGAGUGGGAAGAUGAGAAUGAGAAAACGGACGACAGCCUCAGUAUGAGCUUUUUUACCUCAUCUACGUCACUUUCGGCAAACUCUGCAGCUUCAUCUCGGCCAAAGCGGUCACGUCCAAGCCGCUUGGAUCCCAACUUCUUAAAGUCAAAGUCAAAACCAUCGACGUUAGGAAGCCUUCGAGAAGAUGAUGAAGGUGUCGUAGAACCCCGAGGAUACCCUCUAUCGGAUAUGAAUCUCAAUCGAGUAGGACCUAAUGACGACUCCGGCUCGAGUGAUGGAAACUUACACGUACCUAAAUGUGGACUUGAGCGCCAGCAGAUCCUUCAAACCAACAUGGCGCUGAGCUGGACCUGGGCCCCCAAGCUCCCUUUCCGCGCGGGCGUCAGAAAGUCUAUAAAUCCAGGAGUAGUACUCUCAAGCACUCAACCCCUACAGGUCAAGACGAACCCUCCCGACUUCGAAAUCCAAAUGUCUGCGGGGAUUUUUCAACUACCCAAUAAGGCGUUUAUUGAUGCUUUACUGUCUCCCAUAAUUUGUGGCUUGGCGUUACAUCUUUUGUUCAACAAAUUUGAGCAGGAGCAUCUCCGUCUCCUAAAUUUUGCCUUAUUACUUUUUCCUGUUGCCCCCGUGUACAUUUUACUGCCUCACUACGGCGACACUCUGACUCCUCGAGCUGUUUUGACGGCAUAUAGUGCAACCUAUGCGACACUUCUUUUAUCUUUGAUCCUCUAUCGACUAUCACCAUUACACCCUCUCUGGAAGUAUCCUGGACCUCUUCUCGCCAAGUGUACCAAGUUUUGGGGAGUCUACCACUCUUCAACAGGACAGUUCCACCGCACCCUCUCUAGCCUUCACCAACGUUACGGUCCCAUUGUCAGAACAGGCCCAAAUGAACUAUCCUUCUGUGAUGUCGAUGCCAUUCAGUCUAUACUUGGCGCCGAUGGAAUGGGCAAAGGACCUGUGUGGGAUGGGAGACAUUCCCCCAAGAGGAAGGAAGUUUCUUUGAUAGCGAUUCGCGACACUGCUGAGCAUCUUCAACGUCGCAAGGUCUGGAACAGAGCCUUCAAUAUAUCUCGAAUCAAGAAAUACGAGCCAAUCUUACGAGUCCGUGUAGACCAAUUAGUAGAUUCCCUUCAAGAUCUUGCCCUGAAACAUAAGGAGGUGGAUAUGGCGGAAUGGAUGUCGCUUUUUGCGUACGACUUCAUGGGAGAUAUGGCCUUUGGAGGAUUCUUUGAAUUGAUGCACGAAGGAGAUGUAAACGGGCUCUGGAAGCUCAUGGAGACUGGUAUUAGAAUGAAUGCUUACUCGCAGCAUAUCCCUUGGGCGGCUUCCAUACUAUACGCAUUGCCAGGGCUGGGGAAAGCAUCAACCAAGCUCAUAGAUUUUGCAGUCAAAAUGGCGAAUAAGCGGAUUGAACGGGGUAUGGCAUAUACAGGAGAGGACUUAAGUUCGCAUUUGCUUGAUGAAGUCAGUCCCAGUCCCAAACCUGUACCGUUUAAUGUGUAUGCGUCCGACGCACUGUUGGCCCUUGUCGCUGGGUCAGACACGACAGCUACCACCCUCAGCAAUAUAUUUUUUUAUAUCCUAUCCGAAAAAUCAUUUUUUGAGAGGCUUCGCAAUGAAGUCGAUGAUAACUUCCCAAUCAAAGAAGGCCAAGUUCCUGCAGAUGAUACAACCAAACUCUCAAGUAUGCCGUACUUGAAUGCGGUUAUUAACGAAGCUUUGCGACUUCAACCACCUGUCGCCAGCAGCUUACAGCGGGCCCCGGAGACAGGAACCGGAGGGAAGUUAAUUGGAUCCAUCUUUGUACCUGAGGGGACGGGGGUUUAUUUGCCUCCGUACGCUAUUCAUCGCGACGAGCGAUAUUUUUGUCCAAAUCCAACUGCCUUCUUUCCUGAAAGGUGGCUUUCAAAAGAUUCGAGUAUCAAAACGAUACAUGCAGCAUUUAUUCCUUAUUCUGUUGGGCCCAUGAAUUGUGCAGGAAAGCUUUUGGCGCAGUUGGAGUUGCGCGUCGUUGUCGCCACGCUUGUGCAACGGUUUGACAUGGAUUUAAAACCGGACUGGGAUCGCUCGAACUGGGAGGCAGAUUUGCAGGACUUCUUUGUAUUGGCGAAGGGAAUGUUGCCAGUGAUUGUCAAACGCCGUGAAAUAUAG